AUUAUUGUUGAACGAAUUGUAAUUGUUUCUGGACGAAAUGAGCUUUCGAUUUCUGCCGCUGGGUGCAGCACUGUCGGCUUGGGUUGUUGUUUCCUCUCCGCCAUUUUCCAGUCGCCAUUGAGAGUGUUGUGAAAUGAAAAUGAAGUGCCCCGGACUACCAUGACGCAUCAAAAUCACCAAACAAACGGUGCAAGUCUCGAGGAUUGCCACACAAACUUCUUCGCCUUGACGGAGCUUUUCGGCAUAAAAUGGCGUAAGCUUGUGUGGGGUGAGACUAGCGGUGGCGGCGAGGGCGAGGAGGGCGCCGCUCCGCUGGCGGACCCCGUGAUCAGCAGCUACGCGCGCUGCCUCGCCGGGGACAUCCUCUGCGUGUGGCGGCGCGUGCCCGCCCCGCAACCGCCGCCCGACAUCUAUGACAUGAUGCCCGCCCCGCCGCCACCGCCGCCGCCGCUUUCACUUCGCGCCGCCAAAGAACUUUGGAUAUUCUGGUACGGCGAGGAGCCGGACCUCAACGGACUCGUCGCACCGGAACUCAUAUCGAGCCAAAGCGAACACGGCUCCUGGGAGAGCGGCCUGUCGUACGAAUGUCGUUCCCUGCUGUUCAAGGCCUUGCAUAACUUGAUCGAAAGGUGCCUGCUUUCGCGAGAUUUUGUGAGGCUCGGCAAGUGGUUUGUUCAACCUUACGAUGGCGACGAAGAAGAUGUUGGAAAAAGUCCGUGGCACCUGUCAUUCUCUUUCGCGUUCUUCCUGCACGGCGAGAGCACGGUGUGCGCGUCCGUGGACGUGCGCCAGCACCCGCCGGUCAGGACGCUCACCCCCAAGCGACUCGCCAAGCUGAACUCGCCCGACAACCAGGCCGACGCCAAAGUGAUCCUCGCUCCGUUCGGGCUGGAGGGCGCGCUGACGGGGCGGCAGUGGGGCGACGGCGACGCGGCCACGGCGCGCCUGCUGGACGCCUGGAGACAGCUGUACCCGCUGGAGCAGGGCUGCGGCGCCGUCGAGGUGGUGUGCGGCGGCGCGCGCAUGCGCUACCCCGCGCCCUACGCGCUGCUCACCGACGUGGCGCGGCCCCCCGCCGACGUGCCGCACCCCCCGCCCGCCGCGCGCGCCGCACUCGCACUCACCGCGCCCGCGCCGCACCAGACGCUGGAGGCGUGCUACGCGGACCCCGCGGGGGACAAGAACGACGACUUCGUGGACCCCUCCCGCAAGGCGCCCUGCACCUGCACCAAGUGGCGUCGUCGGAGACCUCCACGACCUCCGCCCUUCCAUCGACGGACGCUCCUCGCUCGCGCCCACACACUCGCGCACCCGGGAGUGUGUGGGGGGUCGGGGUCGCCUGGUUCGUGCUCCGGCUCGCCGCCCGCCGCGCCGCCCUCCGCCUCGCCGCACCCGCACCACGCCGCGCUGCCCGCCCACCAGCAGUGCUCCCCGCAGACCUCCGGGUUGGCCUCCACGACGCUGCACACGCCGGCGCCCACCCCCGACCCGCUGGCACCCCCCACCCCCGCGCCUUCGUGUCUGCCGCCCUCCAAGCACAACCAGGGCGAGUCGGGCGCGUGCCCCGAGCUGCGGCGGCGGCCCGUGCUGCCGCGCGCCGAGCGCCGCCCCGACCCGCUGGAGGACGAGCACUCGCUGCACAUGCUGUACGACUACACCACCGUGCACGCCUGGCUGGAGCACCCCGUGAAACGCUUCAAGAGCGAGGAGGGGCGGUUCCGCGAGGAGCUGGCGCUGGGCCCCGCGCCCGCCGCCGACCUGUACGCCGGCCACCAGCACACCACGCCCGACCUGCUGCCCGACGUCAAGCGGGAGCGACAGCAGGACGAUGCCAAGGAGUACAAGAACCUGUUCACGUCGGACGGGCUCUGCCCCACUUUCAAGGACCUGGAGCAAAUAUUCGACAACUCGGACGACGCGGCCAGCGGCGAUGAGACGGUAAGACUUAUGUCCACGGCCCUGGACAAGUGCGAGGAGGAGAGCAAGCGGUGCGUGGGGCGGUGCGUGCGCGCCGAGGAGCUCAGCAAGAUGUUCCCCACGCCGCCCUCCAUGGAGGCGCACGCGCAGCCCUCCCCCGGGUUCAGCCUGCCCGACGACGCGCCGCCCCGGGACGACCCGCCGCCCGACACCGCCAUCGAGGACUGGUCGUUCGUGUUCAAGCCGCCCACCGUGUACAAGUACGUGGGCUCGUCCAAGUACGCGGCGCUGAGCACGCUGCCCAGCCAGCUGCUGCCGCCCGUGGCGCUGCCGCCGCACGCCGUGUACCGCCCGCGCCCGCGCCGCGACCCCGAGCCCGCCGCCGCCGCCGCCGCCGCCGCCGCCGCCGCCGACACAGGAGUAAAGCGGUCUGCGUCUCCGGCGAGCGAGUCCCGGCCGGCCGUCGCAUGCGGCGCGGGGGGCGCGGGCCGGGGCGCCGCCCGGUCGUGCCGCCCUGCCGCCCCGCCCGCGCUGACCGCCCUGCCCGCCCUGCCUGCCUCACCCGCCCUGCCGGCCUGUCCGCUGCUGGUCAACGUGCUGCUCGCUGACACCGUACUCAACGUCUUCCGGGAUCAUAACUUCGAUAGUUGCACGGUCUGCGUCUGCAACGAAGGGACUAAGGUCAUAGGUAACAUCAGGGGAGCAGACGCGGCGACCUACCUGUCCGAGGGCGGAGAGGGGAGCGGCGAGGAGCCCGCCAGCUGCACGUGCGGGUUCAGCGCCAUCGUCAACCGGCGACUCGCACAUCGAUCCGGACUCUUCUAUGAGGACGAGAUGGAGAUCACCGGGUGUGCGGAGACCGUGAGCAGCGCGGGCGGGGCGCGGCUGGGCGACGUGACGGGCGCGGUGCUGGCCCAGCUCGGCAGCGUGCACGCCGCGCCCACCGCCCUGGCGCGCGCCGCCCGCAGCGCCGCCGCCGCGCACCACCCGCACGAGCAUCUGCGACUCAACCUGCUCGAGUACUCUGAUGGAGGAGCUGCUGCGGCGAAAGCGUUACGAGCGGCGGGCGGAGCCUACGCCGGCGCCGGUCCCCCGUGCAGCAACGCCCCCGUCGGUGGCUCCAUUAAUGAAAGUGCCCCCAGCGCCGUGCACCGCUGGCCCUUCAUCGGAGCGCGGGCGCCACGCUCCUCCAGGGACGUCGUGAGAUUGAUGCGACGACUCCGGCCUUUGCUCCAGGAUGCGAUCCAGAAGCGAUGUUGUGGAGCGCGCAUGUGGGACGGGGUCACGGGGCCGCUGACCUGGCGCCAGUUCCACCGCCUGGCGGGCCGGAGGAACGAAGACCUGUGCGAGCCCCAGCCGGUCCCGUCGCUGCUCGUCGGACACGACCGCGACUGGAUCUCGCUCAGUCCGUACGCCCUGCGCCACUGGGAGCGCCUCAGUCUCGAACCUUACGCCUACUCUCGCGACGUCGCCUACGUGGUGGUGGCCGCCGACUGCGACGCACUCGCGGACCCUCUCCGGGCCUUCUUCCGCGAGCUGUCCACGGCGUACGAGGCGUGUCGUCUCGGCAGGCACCGGCCCGUGACCCGCCUGGCCCGGGACGGCCUGGUGCGGACGGGAGCGGCGCGGUCCGGCGAGACGGACGAGUGGGCGGGCCCCCUACCGGCCGGCCGCCUCGGGCGCUACUUGCGGGCCUACAGCGAGGCGCUGCGGACCGCUCUGGUCCCGCAGCUCGCGGCCCUCAACCUGGACCGGACUCUGCUGGAGGGCGAGCGGUCCGACUCAAUGCGGCCGCCCGCCACCCCCGAGCGUCCUUCUUCACCCACCGAUCACGAGGCGGAGCCCGCGCCCGCUCCGCCGCCCCCUGCCGCUCCGGAUGACGACGAGGCCGGUCCGCCAGCCCUCGUCCUUUACAUCGUGGAACCCCCUGCCGCCACCGCCCACCGAGCCUCCGCGCUUCACGCCCUGCUGAGACUCGCCGCUAACACGUACAACCAUCUCCAUCACCAUAACCCUCUCAUUAAGAUAAUAUCGUUGGAGAGUGUGAGCGAGCAGUGGAGCGGCGCCGGCGUGGGCGCGGGGGCGCGGGCCCUCGCCUUCACGGUGUACAGCGGCGCGCGCCGGCUGCUGCACCACCACGCCAACGGCAAGUCCUUGACCGGGUUCGGAACGGCCGCCGCCGCUAACCUCUUCCUGCAAGCCAAGGACGACAAGAACCGCGCGCCCUACCGACUGUACUCCCCCGCGUGGGUGCUGGCUGCGCCCCGAGCCCUGCGCGAAGUGGCCGAGACCUGGGGCCAAGGCGGGACCGCUGACGCCGUCCUCUUCGUGUCGUACUGCCUCUCGCACGACCAGCGCUGGUUGUUGGCGGCCGCCACCGACUCCCGCGGAGAACUGCUCGACACCAUCGCGAUCAACAUACACGUACCUCACAGAUCGAGGCGGAGACGGAGCGGCACGGCGAGGCGGCUCGGACUCACCAAGCUCAUGGACUUCACGCUGGGCGUCAUGAGCCAGGCCGCGCAACCCUGGAGACUCGUCAUUGGACGAGUCGGUCGCAUUGGACACGGCGAACUCAAAGGCUGGAGUUGGUUGUUAUCGCGAAAGAACUUGGAUCAAGUGUCGACUACGCUGAAAGACCUGUGCGGCAGCUGCGGCUCGGGGGCUCCGUGCGUGCUGUCGGCCUGCCUGGUGUCCACCGAGCCCGACUCGUGCCUGCGCCUCAUGGCCGACCGCUUCACGCCCGACGAACGCUUCUCCCAGGCCUCCAUCCAGUCGCACCUGCACACGCCGCGCGACGUCUCCGCCACGCACAUCCUUGUGUUUCCCACCUCUGCCACCACGCAGUCGACUCCGAUGACCUUCGAGCAGCCCCUCGCGAACGGCGAGGACGGCGACAUGAUGCUGCUCGACAUCAACGACGAGGACGGGGAGCACAUCGACGAGCUGCUCAACUGCGACAUGUUCAACAACAUGUGGGCGCCCGGCAGCCCGCGCCGCGCCGACGACGACGCCGCCAGCCCCACGCCGCACCUCGCGCAGCAGCGCCUGCGGGACGACGGCCGCGAGGAGCGCGUGGGCACCGUGCUGCAGCAGCCGCUCGCGCUCGGCUACACCGUGUCCACGGCGCCGCUGGCCGGCAUGCCCGCCUGGUGGUGGGCGAGCUGCGCGCACCUGCGGGACGCCUGCCCCGCCUUCCUCAAGACCGCGCUGCACCUGCACUCGGUGCACGGCGCCGACGACUACGCGGCCUUCACCCAGCGCCGCGACCAGCCCGCCCACCCGCUGGACUCGCAGACCACCACGGACGUGCUGCGGUACGUGCUGGAGGGCUACAACGCGCUGUCGUGGCUGGCGCUGGACACGAGCACGCACGACCGCCUGUCCUGUCUGCCGCUGCACGUGCAGGUGCUCAUGCAGCUGUACCACGCGGCGGCCGCGCUGGGCUGAGCGACCCCCGCGCUCUUGUUCAUGGUUACCAUUAGGGCCUUCGGUCGUUGUUGGGCCGUGUUGUAUUCAAUUAGUUUGAUGAUAGUGAAAAUUAGGUCGUUACGUGAGAUUGAAUGUUUCGGUGUGUUGUCUUAAAAAUAUAUAUAUUUUUUCAAUGUGAACACUUAAUGUAAAGUAUCUACUUUACAUUAAGUGUUCACUUAAUAAAAAUAAAAGUUAAAAUAAUCAGAAAAUAGCGUCCUGAAAAUUUGUGAUGAACUUCAUUGUACUGACUCACCCUGCACUAUGAAUUAAUUUAAUCAAUUUUUUCACAAUACUCACGAUAACAGAUGAUUGACCGUCCUAACGGUUAAAUUAUGUGAAGUUCCGAUCGAGCAGUAUUAAAAUAAUUAUCAAUUAUCGGGACCCAAUAUCCUGUUUAAGCAUUUUCUGGUCAUAGAAUUAUCACAAAUUUUGGAGGAUGCAUACAUAGAUUAUUAAAAAGAAAUUGACAACUACAAUUACCCCGAUUGAAAGUUCAAUCGAUCAACAUUUUCAAAACUAUCGAACAUCAAAGAUAUACAUUUUACAUUAAUGAUGAAAAUCCAUGUUUUUGAUGCAGAGGUUACAUAUACUUUGGUUGAACGGGAACGACGUUUACUUUAUUUUGUGAUAUUUUUCCUACAUGAAUUUAAUAAAUGGAUUUUAAUGUAUAAUGAGUAGUAAAGCUAUACAAGUUUUUGGAAAAAAUAUUUCAUUUCGAUUUAUUAUUAUGAAAAUUGAAACCAUCGUCGUAAUGUUAGGGAAAAUUAAUCGAUGAAAUAUUUAACUUGUUAAUUAUCUAACUGUAUGUAUUAUAUUAUAUAUAAGAAGAAGUAUUAAAACAGUUUUAUAAUGAAUUUUGUACCAAGGAAAUAUUACAGAAGGCCAGUUAUUUAUAAUCAUGAUUAAGACAUUGAAAUGAAAAUCGUCUGGUUUCGAAUAAUGCACCAACUACGCGAAUGAAACGAGCCGUGUGCUCACUAACGAAUGAAAUGAAUUCUAAAUAUUUGGAUCACUUUAGUGUCACUUUGACUCCGCUGAAGUCGGCAACAAACCAUAACGCCUUCACAAUGUUUGUACGUUAUCGAAGUGAAUUUAUUUCUAAUUGAAAAUAAUCGACAACGCAGUUUUAAAUGUACGAUUGGAUUUCAUAAUAUUAUUAUUAUGGUAUUUGACAAAUUCCUACCUCACAAAGAUGUAGGUCAUUGAUUGAUCAGAUUGAAUUUGUAUUGUCUAAAGUCUAAAUUCGUAUCCAAAGUGAUUAAUACUCGGAAGAUGUUUUCAAGGCAAAAAUCUUAAAACGGAACAUGUGUUCGAGUGAUUCAACAAUUCGACUAGUUUUAUAAGAACCGGAGGAAACAUUGCCAACUGUUAUAGAUACGAAAAUUAUUAUUUUUUAAUUACUCAAUUCUUCCUUUUUCUUUUAUUAAUAAAAUAACGUAUUUUGGCGUAUUCAUAAAGAAAAAAAAGUACGUGACGAGCGAGAUUGCUUGUAGCGCUCGAUUCAUUAGGAUUUGUCAAAACCCAACUUCCAUUGCAGUCUUGCAUUAUUCUCACACGACUUCCCGCUCACUUGUUCCACAAUACGAACCUCAUUUUACGUAGUUUCAUUUGCAAGUAUAUUUUAUUUGAUUGGCGGCCGUUAAAUGUUUGUCGAGGUUUUGAUUUUUACAUUAUUCGUUGAAUGAAUAUCGAUUGCGUACGGAUUCGCAGUCUGGCGCGGCCGAUGAGAAUCCUUAAAUAAAUGCAACACCAAAUAAGUAUUUGUGAAGGCCUUUUUUUCUCUUUGUUAUCAAAUAUGUGAAAUUUUAUAGCAAUAAUAUUAGGUGAUAGAUAGAUACAGUUUAUCAGUUAUCCAAACGUGAAAUAGUUUAUAAUAAAAGAAUAUAAUUUUUGUCUAUAUAGGCUUCGUCGACUAUGUGAUGAUCGAGCGACGCGUAAAAACUUUGGCCUUAACUUAAAAAAAAAAAAUUCUCAAAUGUGAACGUCACAAUUUAUAUGGAGGUGUUGUAUUCGUUGUUGUGCUGUAUGUAAAUGUGUAUAAUGUAAUAUAUUUCGUUAUUAUAUUUAAACCGGUAUGCAUUACCAAAGGAGUUAGAUACUUGUAGUCUUAUAGAUAUUUUUACGAGCGUUUCAUAAGCGAACGUCCACACGUCUUGCGAAUUCUCAUCUACACCUAUUUAUUUAUUGUAAACUUGACACGUUUUUUUUUUUAAAUCAUUUUGUACGAUUUUUUUACGGUUAAAUGUGUUUACAUUUUUGGAAACUAUUUGUUUAGCUAAAUUGAAUUUCGUUUGUUUAAAAAUCAUGAAUCCGUAUACUAUUGCACUCUUUUUAUACAAGGGAACAAAGCUCAACGUGUGCUUCACGCAUUAACGUCCGCAUUGCACACAUCCAACUAAAGUAAUCAAUUCAAAUUACAUAAGAGCAAUGCGGUGAACAUAUUCUAAACGAUUGAUAGUUAUAUAAAUUUGUCUUAUGAUAUAUAAAAAAAUAAAAUCUGCCGGUCAAUAACUAAUUAGUAACACCAAUAGUUUAUGAUUAGAUAAAUUAAUAAUAAUAAUAAAAAUAGUUAUAAAAGAGCCCCCUAGUUCACGUUUGAUUGUAGCAUUUGUAUUUUUAAAAAAAUAGUUGUUCUCGUUUUUAUAUGAACGGAGCCCAAACUAAACGGCGUGACGUUGUUGUGUUGUCGAAUCUCCGACUAUUUGUAGUUAUAUGAAAUUUUAUAUUUUAAUAUUAUAUUAUUAAAAUGUAAGCUUAGGGAGACGUGCUGUGAACAUUCUCUGUACAGAAACAUUGGGAGGCGUGAAGAAAGCCUUUGCGUGUCACUCUUUAAUUCAUCUUCAAUUCUAUACACAAUAUGUGGACAGCAGAUUGGAUCGCAUGAACAAAACGAUGUUGUAAAUUAUUUUUGUUGCUUAGUACCUAAUGUUUACUUGUUUGAGUGGUAGACGCGAUCGGUCGACCAUAGACAAUUUGUACAUGUGUUGUGCGAGGAGCGAUACAUAAAUUAUUUAAAUGUAGAGGCGGCUCGUCCGCGACUUACUGAAUUAUGCCUAGUUGAAUAAUGAAAUGUUUUAAAAUGUGUUACGGCAUUUGAAAAUAUUUAAUGAUGUUGUAUAUAGUUUAUAUUUUUGUUUUUUUUUUUGUGAUCGAUAUUUUGUACAGAAUCGGUUUAAAUAAUCGAAUAACCGUUAAUAACGUGCCCGCAUUGCCGACGUAAAAUUUGAGCACGUUUUAAAGAAACCACUCGUAAUACUUUGUACAGUUGUUAGCGUGAUUCGUAGUUGAAUGAUUUAAUUUUUAAGGAAUUUUCGUUUUUGACCUUUUUUGUUAUUGUGAAUUUGUCUUUUUUAGGGAAUUGGGAAUGUUCUGUACAUAGACCUCACCAUUUUGUCAUAUAUUAGUUUGUAAGCGGUGAAAUCUGAUGAUUGAUGUGGAAAUCAAAUUUUCUAAAUGAAGCAAUCAUUAGAAAUUCGUAAAACAAAUUUAGUGUAAUAAUUGAUAUUAAUAUAACUUUAUAAAUAACUGAAAAUAGGUAAUAAUUAUGAAUAAAAUAUUACAUAUUUAAAA